GAGAGGAGUAAUGGUGUCAAAUGUACCUCAGACGUCUCUGGCACCCACUAAGUAAACUUGGAGUACCUGACACAUUUGCACAAGGCCAUUUUGCGAUAUAUUUGCAAAAUAGACUCCCCCCCCCCAACUCCUCCCCCCCCCGUCCCCCUUUUUUUAAACUUGCCAAAGUGCGUGUUGGGUGCGGGUGGCAGCCACGCCCUCGAGGAUCCUGCUACUGAUUUUGUGUUGGAUUGUUAACUCAAUAGCAACAUCGGAGGGAGAGGAAGCGGAGCUGGAGCUGUCUUCAAAGGGAGCCGGGUAGACAUGGGGGUGUGUGAUUGGAGGACUCUGCUGUUGAGGGCUUCUCUACUCUUGCCCCUGCUCACAAAGUUCUUGGUCGGCUCCAGCCACUUCACCGAUAACCAGGUUGUGCUACUGGACACGACAACAGCUAUCGGAGAAUUAGGAUGGAAGACGUACCCGGUAAAUGGGUGGGACGCCAUCACGGAAAUGGAUGAAUACAACCGGCCUAUUCAUACAUACCAGGUAUGUAACGUCAUGGAAGCAAAUCAAAACAACUGGCUCCGGACAAACUGGAUAUCUCGGGACGCAGCACAAAAAGUAUUUGUGGAGAUGAAAUUCACACUCAGGGAUUGUAACAGCAUUCCUUGGGUUGUGGGGACCUGCAAGGAGACCUUUAACCUCCACUACAUGGAAUCCGAAGACGCUCAUGCUGUCAAGUUCAAGCCAACUCAGUACAGUAAGAUCGAUACUAUUGCCGCUGAUGAGAGCUUCACACAAAUGGAUUUAGGUGAUCGCAUUCUAAAACUCAACACAGAGGUUCGAGAAGUGGGUCCCAUAACCAAGAAAGGUUUUUACCUUGCAUUUCAAGAUAUUGGAGCAUGUAUUGCUUUAGUCUCAGUACGAGUCUACUACAAAAAAUGCCCAUAUAUGGUGCGCAACUUGGCAAUGUUUCCCGAUACUAUUCCAAGAGUUGAUUCGUCUUCACUUGUCGAAGUACGAGGGUCCUGCAUAAAGUAUGCGGAGGAAAGAGACACUCCUAAGUUGUAUUGUGGGGCGGAUGGUGACUGGCUUGUACCUCUAGGACGUUGUGUCUGCAGUGUUGGCUACGAGGAGGUGGAUGGAACCUGCCAUGCGUGCCGGCCUGGCUUCUACAAGUCGUUUGCUGGGAAUAUCAAGUGCUCCAAGUGCCCUCCGCAUAGUUUCACGUACGUGGAGGCCACCACUGUCUGCCAGUGCGAAAAGGGUUAUUACAGAGCAGAGAAAGACCCACCGGCCAUGGCUUGUACAAAACCACCUUCAGCUCCAAGAAAUGUCAAUUUCAACAUGAAUGAAACGGCCUUGUAUCUGGAGUGGAGUCCACCGUUUGACACAGGAGGCAGAAAGGAUCUUAUCUACAAUGUUCUCUGCAAGAAAUGCGGGUCAGAACCUAGCCAAUGUGAACUUUGUGGUGGGGGAAUUCGUUUUGUACCUCGUCAUUCUGGCUUACUCAACUCCUCGGUCACCGUGUUCGACUUUUUAUCUCAUGUCAACUACACCUUUGAAAUCGAGGCAGUCAACGGGGUCUCGGAACUCAGUUUUACUCCCAAACACUACACAUCUAUCACCAUCACCACAGAUCAGGAAGCUCCGUCGCUAAUUGGUAUGGUGAGGAAAGACUGGGCAUCUCAAAACAGCAUUGCUCUUUCGUGGCAAGAGCCAGACUAUCCUAAUGGGGUCAUUCUGGAUUACGAGAUCAAGUACUAUGAGAAAGACUACCCCCGGAUAGCGCCGGCAUUUUGGCACUACCUGCGGGUAGAAGAACACGAACAACUCAGUUAUUCCUCCACGAGAUCCAAAGCUCCCAGUGUUAUUAUCACAGGCCUCAAGCCAUCCACCAAAUAUAUAUUUCACAUUCGCGUCAGGACUGCUGCAGGCUACAGCGGCUAUAGUCAUAAGUUUGAAUUUGAAACCGGAGAUGAAACUUCGGAUAUGGCGGCAGAACAAGGGCAGAUUCUGGUAAUUGCCACCGCUGCAGUCGGAGGAUUUACUCUCUUGGUUAUUCUCACUCUGUUCUUCCUUAUCACUGGCAGGUGCCAGUGGUAUAUUAAAGCCAAAAUGAAAUCUGAGGAAAAAAGACGAGCAAAUCUACAGAAUGGAAACUUGAGGUUCCAAGGUGCAAAAACCUAUAUUGACCCAGACACAUAUGAAGACCCAUCCUUAGCUGUUCAUGAGUUUGCGAAAGAGAUUGACCCAUCUAGAAUUCGUAUUGAAAGAGUAAUUGGAGCAGGGGAAUUUGGAGAGGUGUGCAGUGGAAGAUUGAAGAUUCCUACAAAGAAGGAAAUCCCAGUGGCCAUUAAAACUCUAAAAGGAGGUUAUAUGGACAGGCAGCGGAGAGAUUUUCUCCGAGAAGCAAGUAUCAUGGGACAGUUUGAUCAUCCAAAUAUCAUCCGGCUUGAAGGUGUUGUUACAAAAAGCAGACCCGUAAUGAUUGUGGUUGAAUACAUGGAAAAUGGAUCCCUAGACUCCUUCCUGCGGAAACAUGACGGUCAUUUCACUGUCAUCCAGUUGGUGGGAAUGCUGCGAGGAAUUGCAUCAGGGAUGAGAUACCUCUCUGACAUGGGAUACGUACACCGUGACCUGGCAGCCAGGAACAUCCUCGUCAACAGCAAUCUGGUCUGCAAAGUGUCCGAUUUUGGCCUUUCGCGAGUGCUAGAAGAUGAUCCUGAAGCUGCUUACACCACCACAGGUGGAAAGAUCCCCAUCAGGUGGACAGCUCCAGAGGCAAUAGCCUAUCGAAAGUUUUCUUCUGCAAGUGAUGCCUGGAGCUAUGGGAUUGUUAUGUGGGAAGUGAUGUCAUAUGGAGAGAGACCGUAUUGGGAAAUGUCUAAUCAGGAUGUCAUUCUGUCUAUAGAAGAAGGGUAUCGUCUCCCUGCUCCGAUGGGCUGCCCAGUCUCUCUUCAUCAGUUGAUGCUUCUUUGCUGGCAGAAAGAAAGGAAUCACCGACCCAAGUUCUCAGAUAUUGUGAGCUUUCUAGACAAGCUCAUCCGCAACCCCAGCGCCCUUAACAUACUAGUGGAAGAUAUUCUCGGUGUGCCGGACUCACCGGGGGAAGUACCAGAAUAUCAUUUUUUUGUCACAGUCACUGAGUGGCUAGAAUCCAUCAAGAUGGGUCAGUACGCUAAUAAUAUCAUUGCCGCUGGGUUCACAACGCUGGACUUAGUGUCUAGAAUGAGCAUUGAUGACAUCAGAAGAGUUGGCGUUACACUCAUCGGACACCAGAGAAGAAUAGUCAGCAGCAUACAGACUUUACGAUUACAGAUGAUGCAUAUACAAGAAAAGGGAUUUCAUGUAUGAAAGUAGCAGGAGCGACUGUUUUGUGCCUCAGUAUUUCUUUAACAGAAGAGAUUCUUAUUCCUCAUUUGGGACUCUCGCUCUCUAGACUAUUGGACUCUUCCGGCGAGAGAGAGAGAACCCAACACUUCCAGACAAGUUUUUGAAAACUUUAAAUCUAGAUAUGUCUUCAAGUUACUGACAAGUAGAAUCCUGGGCCCCACAGCAAGACCUCUAGCAUCUAAUGAGCGACUUUGCAUGGGUGUGCAGUGCCACGUGACUCCUUCAUCCAAUUCCUAUUGAACUCAGUAGCAGUUUUGGUCCACAUUAACUUCCUGCUCAUGUAGCAAGACUAAAUGGUAACAGUCCAACCAACUUUACGCUUUUUCUCUUUUGUAAUCUUGUACUGUAGGUACUAAUAUAAAAAAAAGUGCAAAUUAAAAAUACAAAAAAUAUAGAUACAAUAUUUUAGGAGAAUUUUGGGUCUACCGUUUCAACUGUACUGGUCAACCUGGCGGAGACGGCCAUUUUGUGAGCUGAACCUAUGUUUAUGAGAAUUCAGCCAAUCGGCUCACUAGAAACUUGUGACAUCACUGAGCAUGUGGCACCAUGGGUACUUCAUGCCUCAUUCCUCUGUGUUGUCACUAGUUGCUAGGGAAUUAGUGGGAAUAUUGGAUCAGCCAGCAUAGUGGUUGCCUCUCCUAUGUGUAUGCAACAGAAACCGUGAAAAUCCAAAAUGGAAGCUGCUAAUGAUUUUUACUUUGAGUUAUUAUUCAGGAGUACUAGUUAUCGCUACAUAUUUAAGUAAUGGUUUGUUGUAGUGAGCUUGUGCGUAUGAAUAUUUGAGGUAAAUUACAAAGUGUACUUCCUGAGGCCCAGGAUUAAAUUGUCCAUGUAAUCAAUACUCUAUAUUCUUGUACUUUUACAGUUUAGAAUCGAAAAAAAAAUCUUUGUCUUCUAGUGUUUUUACUUCAUCUAUUGCCUCUUAGAACCUUUCCAUAAAAAGAUGCAAGGGAGCUUUGUCAGUACCACAAGCAACCAGGAGAGGGCAGCUCAGAAAGGACUUGUCCUUUGUUUUCUAGAAAAUAUAUAAAAGCACAUGGUAAAUAUAGAAUAGAAAAUAGAUUAUAUAUAAAUGUUACAAUGCUCCAUGACUUUUCAUGGUUCUGUAGCUCUCUCUUUGGUUGGUUAGAACCACAUUACUAUUGUUUUUGAUGUACAGUGGCAUAUAGUGCCUUCUUACAGGGUCCGUCAUAAUAACAUAGCAUCACUGCUUUGAAAGAACCCAUACAGUACACGUUCUCUUUAAAUACAUUUACAGUAAUUUCAACAUCACUUUUUAGCAACGUCAAAUAACUUUUCUCUGUACUCCCCAAUACAGUAAUGUAAUCCCUAAUGUAACACAAAAAGGUUGAUGGUAUAGUCAUGGGUAAAUACCUGGAAUUUGUGAACGACUCCUACAGUAAAUUAGAGGGAAGCUUCCCCGACACCUGAGAGAACAGGAAGUUUUCCUUCAAAGACACUAACGUGACAGGAAGUUGAGUGGGACUCUGCCGUGAUCAAGCACAUAGCACAGUUUAGCCAUAGAGUAGAUCGGGGCUUGUUUGGUCUGGAUUCCUCCAUCAUCACACACAUGAGUGGCAUCACAAAGUAACAAUCACCCUUUCAUACCUGGUGUGCAGUAUUCCCUGGAGGGUGGGUACAGGUGUAUAACUCCUGCAAUGGCCAAAUACAAUCAGUCCACUGGGAAGUGGGAAAUCCACAGAUAAGUCCAAAAAUAUCUCUGUGGGAAAAUGUACAAAACCUAGCAUGUGCUUCUAAGGUAUUAGAACAUAACAUAAGGGUUUACUGUAACCUGCAUAAAAAAUAUAUUGAAAAAUAACACAGUCUCUCUGUCUUCCACCAUGAAGUAACACACAUUAUAUACAAACACAGACCUCAGAUAUAACACUUGUGCACUUUGAAUUAACUGAUUAAACAGAUGCUCAUAAAAUGUUCAUCUCAGAAAAUAAUUAUUCAAUAAGGGGUGUGGUAAGGAAGAUCUACAGUGUAUAGGUCGAUAGUCAAUAGGUUGUUAACAUAUGGUUGACAUGCAAUAGGUCAAUAGGUAAAAAGGUCAACUGGUACAAAAGGUUGACGGGCUCAAAAGGUCGUCAUGACAAUGGACGACACACAAAUGGUCAGCACAAGUUUUUUUUCAUUUUUUAUUUUUUUUGUCAAAUCUUGUAUGUUUGAUAAUAUGUCACCACCAUCAGUGGAAACUUGUACCCUUGUGGCCUCACUUCACUCGCCGCGCUUUGGGCAAGGUGACUAGCUGCGCUCACCACAGGUUACUAUUCCCAAUAGUAGUCCACGUGCAUAGUAAAUCAAGCAAAUGAUUGUAAAACGUAAAAAAAAAAGUGUUGCCCAUUUGUAUGUCGACCAUUGUUAUGUCAAACUUUUGUACCUGUCGACAAUGCAUGUCGACCAUAUGGUGUCGGCUUAUUGGCUGUCGACCUAGGCACUGUCAAUCUAUCAACCGGAUCCCAUCAGUAAGGUGGCCAUCAUCAUAUUUAACCAUUAAUAUAUUCUUUAUUAUAAAAUAUAAGGUUACACAAAAGUUCUGUGGACAUAAAACAUGGACACCGUCCUCAGUGAUUUCCUGUACCCUUUUAUUUCUACAUUCCUUAUAGUCCAAUUAUUUCUAUUUGAAACUAAGCAAAUUGUUUAUAUGAAUGAGGUGGGUAACUCUAAAUACAGCAUAUUCUGCAGCACUUUAUAAUUGGGACAGACACAAUAAUAAAACUAGAAGGGGUAAUAACAGACACAAAGAGAGAUAAGAGACGUCUGCUUACAAUCUAUAGCAGAGGUUCCCAAACAUGGUCCUCAAGGCAUCCCAACAGUCCUGGUUUUAAAUGUAUCCAUGCUUGGCCACAGGUGACUUAAUUAGCACCUUAGUCAAUUUGAUUUAACCAUCUGUGCUGAGCCAUGGCUAUACCUAAAACCUGGACCGUUGGGUAGCCUUGAGGACCGCGUUUGGGAACCUCUGAUCUAUAGGAUAGAUUGCAAGGGUAAAAUUGAUUGGUGGGCUGUAUGAUUCAGUUGCACAGCAAUGCUGGUUUGGGGUUCAGAGGACAGAAAGAGAACACAUGUAAGUUUUGUGUGAACUGUGUAGUCAUGUAGCACAAGUAGCAUCCAUAUUCUCCAGUUAUAAGGAUGGCAUUACUACUUACCAAAUAUAAGGAUAUAUUUUACAGUAUAUUUUAUAUAGAUAUUCAUAUCAAUUGUGUAUUAUAUGUAUGGAUCUCUACUCCGGCAAAGUUAUUCAGAAAGUUCCGAAGUAAGAAAGGGAAAAAAUAAAAUAUUGCUGCUGAAGCUCUCUGAUUUUGUCAUGCACACAGACAUGAUCUCAAUGUGUCUCCACUUACAGUUAUGAGGAGCUCUGAUAACAAUGGAUUGAGGUGUGGCUGACCAGGAGCAGAGCUUUGAAGGUCAGGGGUCAGAUUCUAGCUAUCAUUUUAUAGAAUGUACUUGAUAAAUCAAAGCUAGAAGCUAUGGGCAAUUUCUCCACUUUGAUGCAUUUCCCCCAUAAUGUGCAUAGGUACAGUAUAUUCAUAUACUGUAGUCUUAAUUUGGACAUAUAGGAACUGAUUCAGAGGUAGACGUAGUGGCAAUGUUGGGCACAAGCGGGCGCUUUUGAGUCUGCGUAUGUGUCCCGAUGUCGUACUGCACAUGUAUCCUGAUGUAUCGCUCUGAGACGCAGGUCGAAAUUGCACACAGAGAGGCAAUUCCAUUGGGUGUUUCAGGGAGGACGCCCAGUCAGAUGUGCGUGUGUCACAUUCAGUGACUACAUCCAAAGAUGCAUUUGCACUGACACAGACAGCCAUGUUCAGAUGUCAAAAUUGCACCUGCCAUAGGGUAUGUACAGUAUUCGAUGUUGCCAUCCAAUGGUGCAGUGAUGGUGCAAGUAUAAGUACGUGCAGCAAUGGAAUAUGGCCGAUGACAGUGACGUCUCGGUAGGCUGAGAAUCGGUGGCAGAAUUUACAUACAGACACUGAUGCUGUUGUGUAAAAGACUCGGCCGCAGCUGCAACUUUGUCCAACUCAGAAUCAGACCAUAAGGUUUUUUCUACAAUGUCUAUAAUUAGUAGUCUGUAGAGAGCAUAUCAGCUGGUUACUUGCUCAGAAAUAUACAUCCAUCUGAGCUUACUGCUCACUAUACAGCUGACAGGGUGUGGAAGUGCAUAUGUCUAGGUCAGUGUUUUUCAACCACUGUGCCGUGGCACACUAGUGUGCCCUGAGCAGUCUCCAGGUGUGCCGCCAUAGAAGCACAGUCAGCAGUGCCGGCCCUAACCAAUAUGAUGCCCUAGGCAAGAUUUUGGCUGUUGCCCCCUAGCACCGCCGCUAGUUCUGCAGGAGAUGCCUGGCAUGAGUCAGCUGGCAGCUCUGCUAAGAUCGGGCGCCUUUUGUUUAU